UCACCAGGGUGGCCAAGAGUGAUGAGGCUCUGGGAUCUCCCAAAGGUGCUAGCGGUGUCCCCAGUGUCCCUGUGCCAUGCGGCCCUGCCUGCUGAUGGCCCUGGCCCUGCUGGGCACAGUUCCUGUCAGCCACUCUGCUCUUGGCAGCCCUGCGGUGGAGGAUGAGGAGGACGUGACAGAGCUGGAGAUGCCUGAGGAGUACAGUGGAUGCCGGGGGGCCGGUGACAAGCAGGCACUCGGUGUCCCCAGCAUGCUGGGCACCGCCACCUGCCGCUACGUCGUCAUCUCCCGCUGCAGAACCUUCCACAUUGCGCAGCACAUCUGUGCCAAGCGCUUCCACGGGCGCUUGGCCUCGAUCCACGAUUCCCACACCAACACCUUCCUGCUGCACCUGGCGCGCCGGCACACCAACGCUGGCCUGGUCUGGAUCGGUGCCGUCAGCCAGCCCGCCAUCCCAAUCCCGAGCUGCCACUGGACUGACAGGAGCCCCUGGAACUACAGCCGGUGGGUGCCUGGACACCCCCUGCCCGGCCACCGCUUCUGCACCGCCCUCUGCACCAACAAUGGGCUCUGGAUGAGCGUGCGCUGCAAGCGGUGGCUGCCCUUCAUCUGCGAGAUAUGAGGGGCUCCCCCGGGUGCCCCCGGGCCUCCCCUACUGCUGUUCCCCUACAGGGGGCUGCACCCCCUCCCUCGGAGUACAAUAAAAUCUUGGUGUCAGCA